AUGUCUCUGCAGGUCCCCAUCCGGAGCAACGGCGUGCAGGCCGUUACCAAGGCUGUCAUCUUGGUAGGAGGAUCGUCAAGAGGUACUCGAUUCCGACCUCUAUCGCUGGAUGUCCCGAAGCCCCUCUUCGAUGUCGCCGGCCACCCCAUCAUCUGGCACUGCCUGACUGCCAUCAGCACCGUCCCUUCGAUCCACGAGGUCUACCUGAUUGGCUACUACGACGAGUCCGUCUUCCGUGACUUUAUCAAGGAUUCGUCGACCGAGUUCCCCAACCUUUCCAUCAAGUACCUGCGAGAGUACCAGGCGCUGGGCACCGCCGGUGGCCUGUACCACUUCCGCGAUGCCAUCCUCAAGGGCCGCCCUGAGCGCCUCUUUGUGCUCAACUCGGACGUCUGCUGCUCCUUCCCUCUCAACGAGAUGCUUAAGAUGUUCACCGAGAAGGAUGCCGAGGCGGUUAUUCUAGGUACGCGGGUCGGCGAGGAGGCUGCAACCAACUUCGGCUGCAUUGUUAGCGACAACCACAGCCGCCGUGUGCUCCACUACGUCGAGAAGCCCGAGUCUCAAAUCUCCAACCUGAUCAACUGUGGUGUCUACCUUUUCAGCACCGAGGCCAUCUUCCCCUCGAUCCGUUCCGCGAUCAAGCGCCGCACCGACAGGCCGCGUCUCUCCUCGUACCGAUCAUCCGAGAACCUUGAGGCUAGCUUCAUCGAGUACGCAGACGACGAUGAGGGAUCCAAGAACGAGGUCAUCCGCCUGGAGCAGGAUAUCCUCUCCGACAUGGCCGAUACCAAGCAGUUCUUUGUGUAUGAGACCCAGGACUUCUGGCGCCAGAUCAAGACGGCCGGCUCCGCCGUCCCCGCCAAUGCUCUGUACUUGCAGCAGGCAUGGCAGGGCGGCUCCAAGGAGCUUGCUGCUCCCAGCGCCAACAUCAUCCCCCCAGUCUUCAUCCACCCCUCGGCAACCGUCGACCCCACCGCCAAGCUGGGACCCAACGUGUCGAUCGGCCCUCGCGCAACCGUCGGCCCCGGUGCCCGUGUCAAGGAGUCGAUCGUGCUUGAGGACGCCGAAAUCAAGCACGACGCUUGCGUGCUGUACUCAAUCAUCGGUUGGGGCAGCCGGGUUGGUGCCUGGGCUCGUGUUGAGGGCACUCCUACGCCUUCCACAAGCCACACCACAAGCAUUGUCAAGCAGGGCGUCAAGGUCCAGGCUAUCACUAUCCUGGGCAAGGAGUGCGGAGUCAGUGACGAGGUUCGCGUGCAGAACUGCGUGUGCCUGCCGUUCAAGGAUUUGAAGAGGGAUGUGGCCAACGAGGUGAUCAUGUAA